AUGGAGUCAGGAACCCAGGGAAAUCUCUAUCUCUACAAGUGCAAGCAGAAGGUUGAGGCCAGCUGCCUAAAAGCCAUUACGAACUGGAGAUUUCAGAGAGUGAUCUUCACAAGUGCCAAACUCCUUUGCUUCAGUGUCCUGAUUUUUGAAUUAAUAAAGCAGAAAGAAGUGGCAGCAUGGACCUAUAAUUACAGCACAAAAGCGUAUUCAUGGAAUUAUUCCCGGAUUUUCUGCCAGAAGCACUACACAGAUUUAGUGGCCAUCCAGAAUAAAAAAGAAAUUGCUUACCUCAAUGAUGUCAUACCUUACUACAACUCCUACUACUGGAUUGGGAUCCGAAAGAUCAAUGAUAAAUGGACCUGGGUGGGAACCAAAAAGCCUCUCACCAAAGAGGCCGAGAACUGGGCUGACAAUGAGCCCAACAACAAAAAGAACAAUCAGGACUGUGUGGAGAUCUACAUCAAGAGCUUGUCGGCCCCUGGCAAGUGGAAUGAUGAGCCCUGCUGGAAAAGGAAGCGGGCGCUAUGCUAUACAGCCUCCUGCCAGGACAUGUCCUGUAGCAAGCAAGGAGAAUGCAUUGAGACCAUCGGGAACUACACCUGCUCCUGCUUCCCCGGAUUCUAUGGAUCAGAAUGUGAAUACGUCAGAGAGUGUGGGGAUUUUGAUCUUCCACAGCAUGUGCUCAUGAACUGCAGCCACCCUCUAGGAAACUUCUCUUUCAAUUCAGAGUGCAGCUUCUACUGCACUGAAGGGUACAAAUUGAUUGGACCCAGCAAGCUGGAAUGCUUGGCUUCUGGAACCUGGACAAAUAAGCCACCACGAUGUGUAGCUACCCAGUGUCCACCCCUAAAGACUCCUGAGCAAGGAAGCAUGAACUGCCUUCACUCUGUCGAAGCAUUCCAGUAUCAAUCCAGCUGCCACUUUAGUUGUGAAGAGGGAUUUGCAUUAGUUGGGCCAGAGGUGGUACAGUGCACGGCCUCAGGGAUGUGGACGGCUGCAGCCCCAGUGUGUGAAGCUGUUGCCUGUGGGCCACUGAAGAGUCCUGUUCAUGGAAGCAUGGAUUGCUCCCCAUCCUCGAGAGCAUUUCAGUACAACACCAGCUGUCGCUUCCAUUGUGCUGAGGGUUUCAGGCUGGAAGGAGCUGACCUAGUCCAGUGUACUGACUCGGGACAGUGGACAGCACCCGCCCCUGCCUGUCAAGCUCUGCAGUGUCAGGAUCUUCUGGCUCCAAACAAGGCCCAGGUGAACUGCUCCCACCCAUUUGGUGCCUUUAGGUACCAAUCAACCUGCAGCUUCACCUGUGAUGAAGGCUUACUCCUGGUGGGAGCAAGCAUGCUGCAAUGCUCGGGUACAGGGAACUGGAGUGCUCCUCCCCCAGAAUGUCAAGCCAUGAGCUGUACACCUCUGCUAAGCCCUCACAAUGGAACAAUGACCUGUGUCCAGCCUCUUGGAAAUUCCAGUUAUAGGUCCACAUGUCGAUUCACCUGUGAUGAAGGAUUCUCUUUAUCUGGACCAGAAAUAUUGGAUUGUACUCCAUCUGGACAUUGGACAGGCUCCUCACCAACAUGUGAAGCCAUCAAAUGCCCAGAAUUAUUUGCUCCAGAGCGAGGAAGCCUGGCUUGUUCUGACACUCAUAAGGAAUUCAGCGUUGGCUCCACCUGUCAUUUCUCCUGUAACAAGGGCUUUAAGCUGGAGGGAUUCAAUAAUGUUGAAUGCACAGCUUUGGGAAAAUGGACAGCACCUGCACCAAUCUGCAAAGCAGGCAUAGUGUCAGCUCCUACUUCAAAGGUUCAGUGUCCAGCCCUCAUCACUCCAGAGCAAGGAACAGUGUCCUGUAGGCACCAUCUGGGAACCUUUGGUCUGAAUACCACUUGCUACUUUGGAUGCAAAGCUGGAUUCAUACUCAUGGGAGACAGUGCUCUCAGAUGCAGACCUUCAGGAAAAUGGACAGCAGGAACGCCAACAUGCCAAGCUAUCAAAUGCCCUGAGCUGCAUAUUAUUGAGCCAGGCAUGAUGAACUGCUCCAAUCCUUGGGGAAAUUUCAGCUAUGGAUCAACCUGUAGCUUCCAUUGUCCGGAGGGCCAGUUACUUAAUGGAUCAGCGAGAACAGCAUGCCAAGAGAAUGGCCAAUGGUCAACUCCCAUGCCAGCCUGCAAAGCAGGGCCAUUGGCAAUCCAAGAAUCCCUGACUUACUUUGGUGGAGCAGUGGCUUCUGCAAUAGGUUUGAUAACAUGUGGGACACUCCUGGCUCUGCUAAGAAAGCGCUUCAGACAAAAAGAUGAUGGGGAAAGCCCCUUGAACCUUCACAGCCAUCUAGGAACAUAUGGAGUUUUUACGAAUGCUGCAUUUGACCCAACCCCUUAAGAGACCUGUCCUGCUGGUCUCCUCACUCAACCUCCACAGGAUCCUAUUUUUGAACACCAGUUUUCCUGCCAGACUUGAGUUACACUGUAGCAUAUUAGCUGCAGUUUUCUGGUAAUACUUGUAAGGAAAAAAAAAAAAAAAAGACAUGGAGUUUCCUUUAGAUUAGUUCUGGAUGAGAGCAGAGGGAUUGUGCCACAAGUCCAAAGUCUCCACCCACCCCCCCUUUCCUGCUCCACCUCUUCCUUAUGUCUGAGACGCCGGGACUGAAUGUCUGCAGUGGUCUGUGGGCUUUGCCCAGCUGUACUUUCUUGACAGACUAAUUAACCAGAGACUGAAGCAUCUGACUUACCAGAAGACCAAACUGCGGAAAAAGAAAAAUGCCUCUUUAUUUUUGGAUUGGAGGAAGGCGUUCUCUAAUUUGUUGGAAGGCAGGUGGUAUCUGUGACUUGAGGGAAUUUCUAUAAGAUCUUCUGGGGUCUCCAGUGUUUGCUGCUUAUGAAGCGUAUUGCACCCUUGCUGCAAGGCUUCCAGAGAAGCCUCUGGAUGGCACCAGAGUGCAGAAGACCAAGAAUCAAGAUAGGAAGGCACGUGUUACCUUCCCUCCACUGGUCACUCUCCUCAAAAGAACCUCAAGACCAAAAUUUAAAUGUGCGAUUUAAAAGAUUCUUCCCAAAUGCCAUGCUUUAUUAUUUGGUGUUUUGUUCAAUAAUGUCUGUGCACAUCGUUUUUUUUUACAUCAAUGUAAUGCAUAAUUACUGUUGUCUUGAUUACAACUUAACCCUUCAAUCAGUCAGCAAAUAUAUACUAUACCACUGGCCCCUACACAGAACCAGGGAAGAAAUAAAAUCAGAAGAGCAGAAAAAAUCUUCAUCACCUGAAUGUCCUAUAAGGAAGAACAGAUGUUAUUUAUUAAAUCACAUGUUUAAUAUGUAGAUUGUUGAAAGUUACAUAGUAGUUAUCUGGAACUGGUGCAAAAAUAGACAAACAAUGCCUUUGUCUUGCAAUAAACAUGUCAUGUAGAAUGAAUAACA